AUGUCUACUUCGACCGGGAAUUUUUUUUCGAAUUUCCUGCUCUUCAAAAAUGAAGCUAAACCAGCUAAAGUAACCGGAACCCCCGAUUAUAUUGCCCAAUAUGUAUAUAAAGACAUUUUAAUAAUAAAAAAUGAAAUUAAACAAUAUAAUGAAUUAACCGGAUUACUUUCUUCCAAUAGCUUCUAUUAUAAAAUUUAUAAGUUAUUAGAAAAUAAUCACCAGGAAGAAAUCCAGAAUUUGAAAAAAAAUCAUAAUUUUGAUACUACCACUCAAAAUAUUAAUUAUCACCGUCAAUUAAUAUCGAUUUAUAAAAAACAUUUAAAUGAUUUACAAAAUUUAUUAGAUACUCUUAAUUAUAAUUAUAACCAUGGUGUUCAUGAAAAAAAAAUUGUCGAGUAUCGUCAAAACGAUAAUCAAAGGAAUAAUUCGGUAACUUCUUUGAAAUCAAGCAACUCAAGCAGACUCAGUCUAUCAAACUCAGUAAGAAGCUCUUUUUCCAAUCCGUCUUCAACCCUCGAUGACUCCGACGCUCCUGAUCACCUACUCGAUCCAAUUAGUUUCCAACUUUUUAACGAACCCGUGGUUACUCCCAGCGGAAUCACCUACGAGAAAUCAAAUCUUUUGAACCACAUCUCUCAAAAGGGUAAGUACGACCCUUUAACUAGAACCCCCUUGAAAGAAAAUCAAUUAUAUCCAAACUUGAUUGCAAAAGAUGCCGUUAACCAAUACUUACAACAGAAACUAAAUAAGGAGCCCAUUUCCUAA